GCGCGCUUUUCGUCGGUGCUUCGAGCGGGUUAUUUUUCGGUCCGUGAGAGGCCGCGCACGCUUUGUCUCUCGGAACAAGCCUAUUUGCGAAUAUUUGGCAAUGGCCCCGCCCCCCAACAAUUUUUAGUUGUAAUUACUUUGUAAGUGAGAGUUGUGGCAUUCUUUGGCGUGUUAAUGACCUGAAGAGACGCCCGUAUCGACAAGUCAAGCGAACCCCGUUUAAUUGGCCAGCCAGAGUUUCCAACAGUGAGAAAAGAUUAAUUUGAAACAGUCGUCGACGACUGCUGUUUAUUUGGUUUAUUCGCAGAAGUUUUGCAGAUAGAGCUGCGGGGACGAUGCUUGAGCAAUCCAAUAAUUCUUCUCACAGCAGUUCGGAAGAGGAGUUUGUGCCGAGGAAACCAAGAAAUUUUAUCCAAGAGCGAAUUGGAAAGAUAAAAGAAGCUGUGAAAACCCUUGCUGACGAGAAUGCCCUCUCGAGCCCCGAGCCUUUAAAGGAAGAAUUUCUGCACUACCCAGCAAGCGACGUGGAAAACCCACAAAACGAAGAGCUGGAAAACAGAAUGGUUAACGAGUUCAACGCACAGCCACCUGAAGGGGACAACAGCGAGGAAUGCUACACCUACUUGUUGCUCGAUCCAAGGGUGACCGGUGAAAUUCAGCGGGAGGACGCGAACCCCGAGGAAAAGUGGAGGACUUUCGUUAGAAGCAUCUUUUACGUGGAAAAAGGCCAGAGUUUGCUGCCCAACGACCACCUCAGAGAUGCCUACAAUUUUUUGAGGUCUGCCAAAAACGUGAAAAGUGACGUCAGGAAUGCGGGCAAAAGGAUGCAACGCAUUAUGCAAAUCUGGUCCGAAGACGAGGGUGUCAUUGUCCUCGAGGCCUUCCAAUUCAUCAAUUCUGCAGAGGCACACACCAGGGAGGCCGUCAUUAUCGAUGCCCUAGGGUUGCCGAGCUUGUGCAACGAAAUUCCUGGCACGUAUCACGAUGGAGGAGUGGUGAAAAAUUUGGAUCCGGAUCAGAAAUUAAGCUUUGGAAAAUAUCUGCUGUUAAAAGCAAUGAGGGAAUACAUUAACUCAGAAGAGAUUAAGAUCUUCCCAAGUAUUAUUUUGCAUUAAUUGAUCAAGUCUGUCGAUAAUUUUAAAUGGAGCAUUUAUUAAUGAGUAAAAUAUUUAUACAAAAUCGUUAGAUUUUACUGAUUGUAACGAUUUAUUUUAUAUACUAAUGGAAAAAUUAUAAUUAUAUCACAAAAGGGUGUGGUUUUAUGCAAUAAAAAUAAUUCGCUAAA